AUGACAGGCGUAUGGGCGGACACUGUUGCGCCGAGAUUUGCCGCUGGAUUUCCGGGUUUGCCGGGAUUUUCGCGUGAAGAAGACGAUAUUGGGGCAGUGAGGGAAUUAGGAAUGGGAAUGGGCCUGGGAAUUAAGAGUGGGGUUGGCCUGAAGGAAUUGAGGUUUGGGCUGCUGGUUUUCAUUCUACUCCAUCACCAUACUUCACUUACUUUUGUUCCUAAUAUUAGCACCGAUGAAGCUGCUCUUCUUGCACUGAAAUCACACAUUUCUUCUCACCCUAACAAGAAACUGGUCUUCUUCCGUCCCUGGGAAAUUCCAUCUUCCCUGUCCAAUCUGACAAAGCUGCAAGUGUUGAGAAUACAGAACAAUUUUCUCCAAGGAGAGAUCCCUCGGGAAAUUGGUGAUCUUCGUUACCUGACUAUCCUAGACCUGCAAGUUAAUAAACUUACUGGCUCUAUACCAACAUCAAUCUUCAACAUUACGACGUUGCAAAACGUUGCUCUUACCGAAAACAAUCUUACUGGAAACCUUCCAAUAACUAUAUGUGACCAUCUUCCAAACUUGGAAGGGCUUCACCUCUCAGUAAACUACCUAAUUGGCGUUAUUCCACCAAACUUAGACAAGUGCAGAAAGCUUCAAAUCUUGUCAUUGACUUACAAUGAAUUUAUUGGAACUGUUCCAAGAGAGCUAUCCAAUUUAACAGAUCUAGCAGAACAAUAUAUUGCAGCUCUGCAAUUGAAAGGAGGGAUUCCCGUGGAGCUAGGUAAUCUUAAGAAACUACAACGUCUAGCAUUAUCCCGGAAUGACCUUACUGGUUUUGUCCCUGCAAGCAUUUUCAACAUGUCAACACUGCAGUUCCUAGCAUUGUCAGAAAACAAGCUUUCAGCUUCAAUCUCAAACUCAUCGAAACUUAGAAUACUUGAUCUCUCAGUCAACAGUUUCACAGGUCCAAUUCCUGAAUCACUUGGUAACUUAGAAUACCUUAAGCAUCUAAACUUCGCUGGGAAUAAUUUCUUCAGUGAUACAACAUUCAGAUCCCUUACAUCAUUGACAAACUGUAGGAAUCUAAGAGUACUCGUGUUUGGUGGUAAUCAAUUGGAUAUUAUUCUUCCUACCUCAGUAGGCAAUUUCUCCAACUCUUUGAAAAUUUUUGAAGCACCAGCUUGUAAUCUGAAGGGCGUCAUUCCAAAAGAAAUUGGUAAUCUUACUGGAUUGAUACAUAUGAGUCUGCAAUACAAUGAGUUGACUGGACAUGUUCCAAAUACUAUCCAAGGAAUGUUGAACCUUCAAGAAUUUUACCUACAAAGCAACAAAAUAGAAGGAACCAUACCAGAUGCUAUCUGCAAUUUGAAGAAUCUAGGUGCAUUAUACUUGUCAGGAAAUCAAUUUUCAGGUUCCGUGCCACCAUGCUUAGGAAACGUUACCAGUUUGAGGUAUCUUUAUAUAGGUUACAACAUGCUGAAUUCAAUAUUACCUGAGAGCUUGGGAGGCCUUCGCGAUCUCUUAGAAUUCAAUAUUUCAUCCAAUUUAUUAGGUGGGAAAAUACCCCUUGAGAUUGGAAAUUUAAAGGCUGCAACACUCAUUGAUCUGUCAAAAAAUAAUUUUUCUGGUAAGAUUCCUAGCACACUAGGGGGUCUAGAUAAAUUGAUUAAUCUUUCUCUGGCACAUAAUAUACUAGAUGGGCCUAUUCCAGAUUCAUUUGACAAACUGUUGGCAUUGGAAUUCUUGGAUUUGUGCUAUAACAAUAUUGGUGGUGAAAUUCCAAAGUCAUUAGAAGCUCUAGUGUAUCUCAAAUACUUGAACUUCUCAUUCAAUAAACUUAGUGGAGAGAUUCCCACUGGUGGUCCUUUUGCAAAUGCCACAGGUCAAACUUUCUUAUCCAAUGAUGCACUCUGUGGUGAUUCUAAGUUUAAUGCAACCGAAGGAUUCAAUAAAAGCAACUUGCUUGGUAAUGGGAGUUUCAGCAUGGUCUACAAAGGGAUACUUAAGGAUGGAACCAUUUUUGCAGCAAAGGAAUUCAAUGUGCAGUUGGAUGGUGCAUUCAAAAGCUUUGACAUAGAAUGUGAGCUACUUCGCAACCUUCGACACAGUUAUCUGACCAAAGUCACGAGCUGCGAUGUUUACAGCUUUGGUAUCUUGAUGAUGGAAACUUUUACAAGAAUGAGACCAACUGAUGAAAUAUUUACUGGCGACUUGAGCAUACAACUUUGGGUUAGUAAUUCCUUCCCAAGUGGAAUUCAUAAGGUGGUGGAUUCUAAUUUGAUAGAGUCAGGGGAUAAACAAAUCGAUGCAAAGAUGCAGUGUUUGUUAUCAAUCAUGGAAUUAGCUUUGAGCUGCACAUUAGUGACAUCUGAUGCAAGAAUUAGCAUGGAAGAUGCUCUUUUAACACUUAAAAAGAUUAGGCUUCAAUAUGUUAGUAGUCACUAUUAG